GUGAAUCGUGAAGUUCUGGGGGAAGCUGCUUGGUCAACUCUUAUUCAAAACUUUGGGCAGACUUAUUUAACUGCUGUUUUUACAAGCUGAAUCUGUAGUCUCCUGACGAAUCCUGUUCGUACGGGUUACGUGGCUUCCAGACGAGUGUGAAGUGGCGUCUAAAGUGCUCCUCAUGGCAUUAUUUUGGGCGAGAGAGCAGUAAUUAGCAGAGCCCUGUUGAUCAGAUCAGCCAGAGGUCGCAGAACUGCAGUGUAAGCGGUGGUCUCUCAGGACUGUAAGAUGACCGAGUAUAAGUUGGUUGUUGUGGGAGCAGGUGGUGUUGGGAAGAGUGCUUUAACCAUCCAGCUCAUUCAGAAUCACUUUGUGGAUGAAUAUGACCCUACUAUUGAGGACUCUUACAGGAAGCAGGUGGUGAUUGACGGUGAGACUUGUCUGCUGGAUAUCCUGGACACUGCAGGUCAGGAAGAGUACAGCGCAAUGAGGGACCAGUACAUGAGGACAGGAGAGGGUUUCCUCUGUGUCUUUGCCAUAAACAACAGCAAAUCCUUCGCCGAUGUGCAUUUGUACAGAGAACAGAUCAAGCGCGUGAAGGACUCCGAUGAUGUUCCCAUGGUCCUAGUGGGGAACAAGUGUGAUUUGGCCAGAACGGUGGACACCAAGCAAGCUCAGGAACUUGCCAGAAGCUACGGCAUAGAGUUUGUAGAAACUUCUGCCAAGACCAGACAGGGAGUUGAGGAUGCUUUUUACACCCUUGUCCGUGAGAUCCGACAUUAUCGCAUGAAAAAGCUCAACAGUAGAGAAGACAGGAAGCAGGGCUGUCUGGGUGUGUCCUGUGAAGUCAUGUGACUGCACUGCCUCCCCCUUUGUUGUAGUUUUUUAGUUUUUUUUUAGCAGUUU